AUGUCCUCAAAAACCCCGGCGAAAAGCUCCGAAAAAGAUUAUUCUGGCAUUAUCGCCAACGAAAAUGAUGCAGAGAAUACAUACCACUGUCCCUUAUGUUUUGGAUCAGGACUUAUUUCCCGCAGAAUGAACGACAUUGCAGAAAAAUCCGUCGCUUCAGUUGACGGACAACAACCCGAGCAGAGAAGAAGUGAAGUUGAAGCAGUUGAGCUUUUAUGGGCGAGACUGAACGAUGAGGAGAAACGCGAGUUUGAGCAGAAGCGUGAGGAUGAGAAGAAAUUUUUUCCAGACGCAAGCAAUGCAAUGGCACAAAGCAUCAUUACUCAAAGUAAAGGACUCAGAGUUGAGAAAGAGAGACGCGAGGCUAAAAUAAAGAAAUACGUUCGGGUUACAGCGAGUGAAGGAAACGAACUCAAGGAUGAGAAAAAAAGGGCAUCGAAAGGAGUGAAGGAAAUCGUGGUCAAGGCCCCUUUGGAGGAGAAUGAAUUUGAUAAUGACAAACAAAAAACUCUCUCGGAUAGAAUGAAACAAAUCGCAGAAAACGCUGCAGAAUUGCGAGAAAUCCGGGAUGAAGAUCAAGGACUCGAGAAGAGAAUGAAUCAACUUAUGGAGAUUGACGGUGCUGAGGGAUUAGAAGAACUUGAAAUCAUGAACAAGUUUUAUGAGCGUCAAAUCAACAGGCUUCACGAUUUGAAAAUAAGAUACAGGGAGAGAAAAGAGCUUGGAGGGAGAGUAGAUAAAGCUGUGGAGGUCGAUGCUGAAGUUGGAAAAAAGCUUAAAGACUCAUUAAAAUUUGAUGCUUACAAGGCGGAAGAACUUGAAGAUGAGGAAAGCAAUUUUAUGGAUCGGUUAGAAAGGCUUGAAGAUCGCAAGAAAUGA